AUGGAACCAACAGAUGAUAUUGUAUUAGUUACAGGAGGAGCUGGUUAUAUUGGUAGUCAUACAGUCAUUGAAAUGAUAGAAUCUGGAUACACACCAAUUAUCGUUGACAACUUGUCAAACUCAUCUCAAGAGGCUGUUCGUCGUGUCGAAUCCAUCACUGGAAAGCAAAUUGAAUUCCACAACGCCGAUAUCCGUGACGAAAGAGCACUCGACCAAAUAUUCGAAAGUAGACCCAUUGCAAAGGUAGUUCAUUUUGCUGGAUUAAAGGCUGUUGGAGAGUCAUCGGCAUUCCCUCUCAAGUAUCAUGACAACAAUGUCAGUGGAACAGUUACACUUCUCAAGGUUAUGGCCAAACAUGGUUGCAAGAAUAUAGUGUUUUCAUCGAGUGCCACUGUCUAUGGUGACGCCAAGACCACUCCCAUCAAGGAAGAUACACCAUUGUCUGCCGUCAACCCAUACGGACGUACCAAAUUAUUUAUCGAAGAAAUACUCAGAGACCUCUCUGCCAGUGACCCAGAAUGGAAUUGCAUUCUAUUGCGUUACUUUAAUCCAGUCGGUGCCCAUCCUUCCGGACUCAUCGGUGAAGAUCCAAAAGAUAUUCCAAACAAUCUAAUGCCCUACAUUACACAAACAGCCGUCGGUAAGAGAGAUCAUCUCAGUAUCUAUGGAAAUGAUUACAAUACCGUCGAUGGUACUGGUGUUCGUGACUAUAUUCAUGUUGUAGAUCUUGCUAAAGGUCAUAUUGCUGCUUUAAAUCAUAUUGUAAAGAAACCAAGAUGCGUUGCAUAUAAUCUUGGAACAGGUAGAGGAUACUCUGUAUUGGAAAUGUUGUCAGCCGUCGAAAAGGCAUCAUCUAAAAAGAUUGCAUAUAAAUUUGUCGAUAGAAGAAAAGGUGAUGUAGCCACAUCAUAUGCCGAUGCAAGUAAAGCAUUUAGAGAGUUGGGUUGGAAGGCUAAUUACAAUCAAGAGGAUAUGUGUAUUGACUCUUGGAAUUGGCAAUCUAAAAAUCCAAAUGGUUAUAUUUAA